UAGUUUUUUUUCCUGACUGUUCCAUUCAUGGUGAACCUGCUGUCCGGUGUUUCCUGUCCUCCCUGCAGCCACUCCCUUUAGCGCUUUAACCCUGUACUGCGCCGGACUUCUAGAUCUACAGUACAGGAGAUCAGAAACACUAAACUCCUCUAUUGUUCGAAUUAUUUAUUUGUUACAUUUUAUUUAUUUAUAAGAAUGAGGAGUCGGGUCGUCGCCAAAGCCGCGUGCUUUCUGAGCGCCUCUGCGCUUUUGAUCUACACGCUGUUUUAUGUUACAAUGUUUCUCGCGAAUCCGUCUUCAAAGCUCCUGCCGAGGCUCGAGCGCGCAGCUGAGCGCAUCAUCCUGGACAAACUGGAUGGGAUCGAGCGUCAGAUCGAUCUGAUAGCUAAGUCGUUGGACAUGAGCAUGCAGAAAGUCCCAGGAUUGGGCGAGACAUUGCUGCCCACGGAAAAGAAGAAGCAAGUGGUCAACAAGUUGUUCCCAAACUCGAAUCUUUUCAUUAACUGGGGUGACGAGCUGUCUGAGGAGGAGCAGAAGCAAGCCGAACACUUGUUCCAGCUUUACGGAUACAACGUGUUUCUCAGUGACCGACUCCCUCUGAACAGGACGCUGACGGACACCCGAGACGCCAGGUGUGCUGCGAAGGUGUAUUCUGAUCAGCUCCCAUCUCUCAGUGUGGUUCUGAUCUACCUGAAUGAGGCACUGUCGAUUUUAAAGAGAGCCAUACACAGCAUCGUUGACAGGACGCCUGCUCAUCUGCUCAAGGAGAUUAUACUGGUAGAUGAUCACAGCACUAACGGUGAUCUGAAGGAAAAACUCAGUGAAUUUAUCAACCAAGUUCAUCAACAGAGACCUGGUUUAGUUAAGAAAAUCAGCCACAAACAGCGACUGGGUCUGACACAAGCUCGCAUUUCAGGAUGGAAAGCAGCUGUUGGAGAUGUGGUGGCCAUUUUGGAUGCCCACAUUGAGGUGCAUAAGCAAUGGGCAGAACCGCUGCUGGCCAAAAUCAAAGCAAACCGGAAGGUGGUGCUGUCUCCAGUGUUCGACCGGGUGGAAUUCGAUACCCUCGAAGUGACUCCAUACUAUCCAAAUGCCCAUGCUUUUGACUGGCAGCUCUGGUGCUUGUAUGAGUCCUUCAGGCCGGACUGGUAUGAACUUAAUGACCCGUCUAUACCCGGAAUAAGCCCUUCUGUUAUGGGAAUCCUUGUGGCUGAUCGAUUGUUCUUGGGAGAAAUUGGAGGUUUGGACAAAGGAAUGGAAAUAUAUGGAGGGGAAAACGUUGAGCUUGGAAUACGUGUUUGGCUGUGUGGGGGAAGCAUUGAGAUCAUCCCUUGUUCUAAGAUUGCUCAUAUAGAGAGAGCACACAAGCCCUACGCUCCAGAUCUCGGCGAGCCCAUGAGGAGAAAUGCGCUAAGAGUGGCUGAAAUAUGGAUGGAUGAAUAUAAGAAAAACGUUUAUAUAAGCUGGAAUCUCCCCCUGAAGGAUCAUGGAAUCGACAUUGGAGAUGUGACUGAAAGAAAGAAGCUGAGAAAACAACUUAACUGUAAGCCCUUUAGCUGGUAUCUGAAGAACGUGUAUCCUGAGUUAGACCCCUGGGAUGAUCUCCUCGGUUACGGCACAAUACAGACUAACCUCUUAGAAAAUCAAUGCAUUGAUCAGGGUCCUGUUCCUGGCAGUGUCCCUGUCCUUUAUCAGUGUCAUUUCUUCAGCUCUCAGCACUGUUACUAUAAAAGUAAUGGGGAACUUAAUAUCGGUGGCAUUAAAUCUCACAAGUACAAUCAAAACCGCUGCCUGGUGGAUCCUGGUGAGGGAAACACACCUGCACUGCACAGCUGUCAAAUGGCCAAGGAAAAGGAAUUGUAUAUGCACUGGGACUUUAAACAGGGUCAUGCCAUAAGAAACAAGAACACAAAGAGAUGCCUUGAGGUUGCCCAAGGAGAAGACUCAUGGUACCACCUUGUCAUUCAGGCUUGCAGUGGGCAAAAGUGGACAAUCCAACAUGUCAUUAAGGAAUUUUAAGUGUUUAAUACUGUAACAGCCACAUUCAUCAAACGCGAGAACAAAGGAAAUGAAACCUAUUGAAUGUCAGCCAUCACUGAGACUUCACACUCGCACUCAGAGGAGACUUUCAUACUGGAAAGAUGAAUGCAAAUUUUUUUUAUCAGACUUUUUGAAGUUUAAUGACUGAGGUUAAUGAUUUAGCUAGAAACCAUGUGGGUGGUAACCUUUUUUUAACAGACAAAUUAUUUUUUUUUUUUACAGAUUAUCUGGAAACAGGACACGACUAUAAACAUUUUCUUAUUUGUUGUGGUACAUUACUGAAAAAAGACUUUUUUCGAUUUACAGUUGUGUCACUUAUUGCCUUUAUUUAAAAAAAAAUCUUGAAUUAAGUUACUUUUUAUAAAUUUGCUCAACUAUAUCUGAUCCCACAGCGCCACCUGCAGUUUGAAGAGGAUUUCCAGAAUAGGUUUUCCAGAGAUCCCUGGCUAAUCAGCUUCACCGGAGGUUACAGAAAGACUUACCUUCAUAACACAAACAUUUCAUUUUAAGAAGAAAAUGAUGAAAUGCCAGAUAAAAUCCCUUCAUUGAGUCUUACUGUUACAGUACACAACUCUGUUCUCAUAACGAUGACUUUUCACUUGGUUUGGCCAAAAUUUAAAUAACCUCUUUAA